UUACAUCGGUGUAUCGAUAGUUUUUAGCCUGGCCAACCGAACCAAUGUUUAUUGUUAUAAAAUAAAUGUUAAAAAUAAACAGUUAAUCACUUAAUAUAAACAAAAACCAGUGCAGGCAUUGUAAAAACCACCCCCGCCCUCGGAUCUUACCUCAUCGCGGGCAUAAAACAACACAUAGAACAACAACAAUGCCACCAGCAGCAGCAAUAACAACAACAACAAGCAGGAGACUCAGAUUCGCAACGCAAUCAAAAAAAUAAAACGGAAAAAAAAUCUACAAGGCGAAACGCAUAAAUAAAUAGGGAAACAAAUAAUAGUAAUAAUAAGACUAAAAGCAAGUGGAAAAGUACGAAAGCGAAAAGAGAAAACAUAUGUACGUUGCGUGAGAGUGACGUGUGUGUGUGUGUGAGAGUGAGUGAGCGAGAGCGAACGAUAGAGGGGGCAAAAACAAAAACAACAGCCAGCAUAAGCGAGACCUUGAAAACUUUAAAAGCAGCAGAAAAAAACAAAAAAUAAAGCCAAUAAAAAAAAACAAAAACAAAAAGGCUGAAAAUAUAACAAUAAAACAAAAAAAAAGUAUAAAUAUUUUAAGAAAAAAUAUUUGUAUAUAAAAUUAUUAUAGAAGAGCGAAGCGUAUACUCGGUUAUGGAGAGUGACGAUUUUCAUUUACCGCAAGGCGCCAAUUAAAGGGGAAAAUCCAUAAAGCGAGGAUUGCCAGUGGAAAAGCCACAACAAAAGGCAAUUUCCCACGCCACAGCAAAAAAGUGGUGGAAAAUCGGGCAAACAAAAUGGCAGCAGCAGAGGCGGGCAACACGGGCUCCACAGGAUCCGGCUCCGGAUCUGGAUCGGGUUCCUCCGCGGAUCCUGCCAACGGCCGGGAGGCACGCAAUCUCGCCGAGAAACAGCGACGGGAUAAGCUGAAUGCCAGCAUCCAGGAGCUGGCCACCAUGGUGCCACAUGCAGCCGAAUCCUCACGUCGCCUGGACAAGACUGCCGUCCUCAGAUUCGCCACCCAUGGUUUGAGGCUUCAGUAUGUCUUUGGCAAAUCCACAUCCAGGCGCCGCCGUAAACCCUGCUUGAAAGGCUCUGGAAUCUCCGCCUCGGCUGGUGGAGAUCUAGCCAAUCCCAGUCUACAUCUCACGGACACCCUAAUGCAACUGCUGGACAGCUGUUUCCUCACCCUAACCUGCAGUGGCCAAAUCGUUUUGGUCUCCACCAGCGUGGAGCAGCUCCUCGGCCACUGUCAGUCCGAUUUGUAUGGCCAGAAUCUACUGCAGAUCACCCAUCCCGAUGAUCAGGCCCUGUUGCGGCAACAGCUAAUACCCAGGGAUAUUGAGACGCUGUUCUACCAGCAGCAGCAGCAGCAGGACCACAAUCCCCAGCAGGGGCACUCCACGUCCACAUCGGCCUCAGCCUCUGGCAGUGAUCUGGAUGAGGAGGAAAUGGAGACGGAGGAGCAGCGUCUGCAGGAGCAGCAGCAGCAGCAGCAACAAGAGGAAGAGGAGGAUGAGGAGCACCCGUACAACCGACGGACGCCCAGCCCGCGAAGCAUCGCCCAUUUGGCAGCCAUCGAUGAACGCCUGCGUACCGAUCGUCGCUGCUUCACUGUCCGCUUGGCCAGAGCUUCCACGCGGGCGGAGGCCACGCGGACCUAUGAACGGGUGAAGAUCGACGGCUGCUUUCGCCGCAGCGAUUCCUCGCUGACCGGCGGAGCUGCUGCCAACUAUCCCAUUGUCUCCCAGUUGAUACGACGUUCGAGGAACAAUAAUAUGCUGGCCGCGGCCGCAGCAGUGGCGGCAGAAGCGGCGACAGUGCCGCCCCAACACGAUGCCAUUGCCCAGGCGGCGCUGCACGGGAUCAGUGGCAACGACAUCGUACUCGUGGCCAUGGCCAGGGUGCUGCGGGAGGAACGGCCGCCCGAGGAGACGGAAGGAGGGCUCGGCAUGACCAUCUAUAGGCAGCCAGAACCCUAUCAAUUGGAGUACCAUACGAGGCACCUAAUCGACGGCAGCAUCAUCGACUGUGAUCAGAGGAUUGGUCUGGUGGCAGGCUAUAUGAAAGAUGAGGUGCGCAACCUUAGCCCCUUCUGCUUCAUGCACCUGGACGACGUGCGUUGGGUCAUUGUGGCCCUUCGACAGAUGUACGACUGCAACAGUGACUACGGUGAGAGCUGCUACCGUCUGCUAUCCCGGAACGGUCGGUUCAUCUACCUGCAUACGAAGGGCUUUCUCGAAAUCGAUCGUGGCACCAACAAGGUGCACUCAUUCCUGUGCGUCAACACGCUGCUCGACGAGGAGGCGGGACGGCAGAAGGUGCAGGAGAUGAAGGAGAAGUUCUCGACCAUCAUCAAGGCGGAGAUGCCCACGCAGAGUAGCACUCCCGAUUUGCCCGCCUCCCAGGCGCCGCAGCAACUGGAGAGGAUUGUACUGUAUUUGAUAGAGAACCUGCAUAAGAGUGUGGAUUCGGGCGAUGCGGUCGGGGGACAACCCAUGGAGAGCCUAAUGGACGAUGGCUACAGUUCGCCAGCGAAUACGUUGACCCUCGAGGAGCUGGCUCCAUCGCCAACGCCCGCCUUGGCCCUGGUGCCGCCGGCUCCCUCAUCGGUUAAGAGCUCCAUUUCCAAGUCGGUGAGUGUGGUUAAUGUGACGGCGGCCAGGAAGUUUCAGCAGGAGCAUCAGAAGCAGCGCGAACGGGAUCGGGAUCGGCAGCAGCUAAAGGAGCGCAGCAACUCCUCGCAACAGGGAGUGAUCCGGCAAUUGAGCAGCUGCCUCAGCGAGGUUGAUUCCGCAUCCUGCAUUCUGUCACCGGCUAGUAGUUUGAGUGCCAGUGAGGCGCCCGAUACGCCCGAUCCACACAGCAAUACACCGCCGCCACAGCCGCUCCAUGCGCGUCCCAGUGUGCUGCAUCGAACCCUGACCAGCACGCUGCGAUGACGGGUUUGCCUUCUAAUUGGGUGUGAAAAGGGACGCCAUUAGUAGCUCACAUUGCUUUGAUGUAAUGCAAGCCAAUCGCAAGUGAAAACCCAAAAUGUAUCAGACUCUUUUAAGGAUGAGCCCAAACCGAAAGGAGUAGUUAGUUCAAAACAAUGGUUUUUAGAGUCUCGAAAUCUUAUAUUGUUAUUCCCAAUUCCACACAUUUUAUUUAUGCAAUUUGGGUUCUGUACCUAUAUAAUAACUGGUCUUACAGGAGCAAUUAAGAAAGAAAAACAGAGUUUGUAAUAUGAUAACUCUGAUAUAACUCUGUAAUUAUAUGGGAAUUCCCGCCCUUUCUGGUUUCAACUACUUACUUUUCAACUUGUUCAAAGUGCAAUCUUAAUCACAACCAAACGAAAAUAUUAGCUUCGCGUUGAUUUACAUAUUUUAACAUGGUUUCCUUAUAGUUUCAAUACGAAUAUCAAAUUCAGGGCUUAUAUAUUUCGUGAUUAUGGCAGUAAUAAUAGAUCGAUCACGAUGAUUGCAAUUCAAAAAUGGAAGAUACAUUUUGGGAAUCACUGAUUUUACAAGUUAUAUUGAUGCGAAAUAGUUCGAUCGGUGUGUGCUGCUAAAAGGCGUUCCAUAAUCAAUAAUCUUCGUUAUGUAAUUACGUUUAAUUGUAAAUAUGAAUGUGUGUGAGCACGAGUGCGUCUGUGUGCAUGGGUGUGUUUGAAGGCUUCGGUUUUAGUUGAAAUUUAAGCCCCAUUUCCCGAUUUCCCAGAUAUCACCCUCCGCCCCCCGCACACCAGUGUAAAAAGAGUACAAAAAACAAACAAUUAUAUAUUUAUUUUGCCCUAAGUCUGGAAACGCUAGGAACGACUCAUUAAUAGAAAUCCGUUUUCGCAAUCGAUGAAAACUAAACGCUCGGAUUUUUUUUGCCAUCGCCACAGUCAAACCUCUUUAAAUUGAACUCGAAAAUCUCCUGAAAGUUUGAAUUUAUUAUUUUUUAUAUUUUUUAAUGCGUACAGAGGAUCGAUUUUAGAUGUGCUUCAAAAAAACAAAUUUUUUUUAAAUGGUUUAAGUUAAAAUUUAUUUUUGUAACUUUAAAUUUCCUUAAAAAUCUGCCUAGUCUGGUUAUUUUUUUAAGAUUUUGUAAAGUUGAAACGUUAAUUGUUAGUGUUGGAAAACCCUUUAGUACGAAAGUACAAAAUUGAAUACCAAAUUUAAAACUAGUAAAGACAAAACUUUGAUAAAGUUUAUAUUUAAAAUUAUAUAGACAAUUUUAAUACACUCACAAAAACUAUACUCGAAAUUCGCUUAAAAUUUUGAAAGAAUAUUUAGAGGCAGCAUGUUUUUAUCCAAUGCACAGUAAACGAAUAAUAAAAAAAAGCAAUUGUGUUAAUUAAACUUUUGAAAAAAAGGAUUUGAAACAUUUUUUCUAUAAUUUUAACCAAAUAACGAAAGCUUAGAUAGUCAAGACCGAAUAUUAAUCUUUUCGAGUGCGCACUGAAUAUCAUUUUUAAAAUGAUUUAAAUUUCAAGACAUUAGCAUGAUAAACUUUAAAAUGUAAGAGAAGCUGCAGUAAAAUAUCUUCUUAUAACAGUGAAAAUGUAAACAAAAAAAUAACAUUUUAAAGAAUAUUAGAAUUUCUAUAAAAAUCUAAUUCAGAAGAGGCGGUCAAGUUCGUGCUGGUGUAGUUUACUGUAGCCCAAUACUCACAAGGCGAGAGUGACCUGUUAUCAAAGCCUUUGCCAUCGUCCUUGGCGUUGCGUUCUUAUCACCGGCGUAUCGGAGGGGAGUAUACAUAUAUUUUUUUCGGGGAAGUGGUUCUAGUGGUAAUUAUGAGGCGGUGGGUGGUUUUGGGGGGUCGUUAGGGGGGGUUAUCGCUUCGUUAUUUUUAUGUUUUAUAGCGAAAUUCUGCUAGCUAUCAAACUACGCAUAUAUAUAUUAUUAACUUUUCGUUUAGCUCAAUUUUUUGUUUGUAUUUUUAAUUAUUACUCGGUUUGUCUAGUGCGUAAUUUAACUAAAAGUCUUAUGCUAAUUUCCCAGCGAAUCGUUCAGAGUUUGUUCAAACGAGUUGUACUCUUUAAACACUUUUGGUUUAUCCCUUCAAUUAAAUUUUGUUUGUUUCCUUGCGUUGUUAUUUUCCCCAAAAAUUCGUUUAUUUUAGUAAUAUUAAUAUAGUUUUAAGCGUAAUGUCAAAUGUCAAGUGGUAUAAUCUACGUAAGAAUAAUACUGUGUAAUGUCUUUUCUAGAUCUUGCUAAACUAUAGCAAUCAAAAAUAGCCCGUAAUUAACAAUAAUUAAUUAUAAUAAUCAGUAACAGUUCAUGCAAAUGAAACGUAAAUAAAUAAUAAAUUAUAUAAA